AUGUCGCUGGGUCCCACAGCUGCCCCACGGGAAGCCCCCUCAUCCUUGUUCACUGGCUCUCCUUUUAUCACCGGCCGAACCGCAUCCCCGUUUAAUCAUGAAAGAGCACGCACGACAUCUCUUACCCCUAUUCAUGGCCGCUCCCUCACCCCCUCCCACGAGCGUGAACGCACGAUUUCGUUUACGCGCCGCAACCGAACACUACUGACCAGGCGCGACGAGGUCGAUGCCGAGAUUGAGCGCAUGAAGGAGUCGUUCCAGGCAUCCUAUGCCCCUGCCUCUCCUCGCGAGCCCGCAUCGCGGGGGCUGGGACUCGAACCGACUCCGAGGAUCGGGGACGGAUCUUCCGGCUCUGGGUCUGGUUCGGGGACUCGAAGAAUCGGUUCCGAGGAGGUGGUCGGUCGGCUAGAACUGGGCGAAAGCAGCGGGCUCGGAUUUGGAGCGAGAGGAAGUGUUCGGCCGGGGAGGGAUACCGACGGGUGGAAGGAUGGGGGAGAAUGGGACAAGCGAAUGAACGGAUGGCGGUAA